AUGGAUGUAGAAUUAGAGGCCGUUGGCUCUCAGCCUAAGGAGGAGAAAAGGCCAAGACAGAGAAAUGGCAGAGCAAUUUCAAGAAAAAUGAAGCGGCAACGACUUAUGGACAAAAACGGGCGAAUUCAUGUUAACUAUGUGAACGUUCCAAAUCGCAGUCAGCUUUACUACUUGCAUGACCAUUUUACUACAAUGAUCGACGCUCAAUGGAGAUACGUUUUUCUAAUUUUCUCGCUGUCCUUUUUAGUUAGCUGGUUAGUCUUCGGGUCAAUCUGGUGGGGCAUCUACUAUUACCGCUCUGAACACCACGACAUAGAGUGUAUAGAGAAAGUUGAUUCGUGGACGGCCGCAUUUCUGUUCUCGUUAGAAACGCAGACUACCAUUGGUUAUGGGGGCCGACAGAUCACACCGGACUGUCCGGAAGGAGUCGUUUGCCUGUUAAUUCAGUGCAUUAUUGGCUUGUUAAUCUCUUCGACAAUGUUAGGACUCAUAUUUGCUAAAGUUUCACGUCCGCACAAACGAAGUUCAACAAUUGUUUUUUCACGCCAUGCGGUGAUAGCAGCACGCAACGGCAAGCUUUAUUUGAUGUUUCGCAUAGCGGAUUUACGCAAAAGGCAGCUCAUCGAGUCACACAUUCGCGUUUUUCUCAUUCGCCCUUAUGUCACAGAAGAGGGAGAAAACAUCUGUUGCUUUAGGCAGCCGUUGCCUGUGAAUUGCGAUUUGGAGAGUGAGGAUGAAGAGAAAGUCUUUCUCUUCUCCCCGGUAAUUGUCUCACACGAGAUCAACGAGGAGAGUCCUUUCUACGAUUAUUCGCCGAAUGACUUGCUCUUCGCCGACUUUGAAAUUGUCGUUCUUCUCGAAGGGAUUGUCGAAUCUACAGGAAUGACUACGCAAGCGAGAACAUCGUAUUUGAGAGAGGAAAUUCAUUGGGGUCAUUUGUUUGUGGACAUGAUGGGCAGUGUAUCAAACAACGGGUAUUACAACAUUGACGUUUCACAACUCCACGAAACAUUUCCCAGUCCUGUCGCAUUGCCCAGAAUAAGUCCACGAGAAUUCCACGACUCGAGGCUUCGAGAAAAUGGGAACGAUAAUUCCCACCAGCAGGAACUUAUGGAAGAGAUAAGCGAUCGCGAUAUAACAGAUGUGCCUCAGAGUAACUACGUUCGUAACGGGGUGACUUAA